AUGGAACAGACAUAUCAAUAUGCGUGGAUAAUUCCUUUCCUUCCACUUCCAGUUCCUAUGUUAAUAGGAGCGGGACUUCUUCUUUUUCCGUCGGCAACAAAGAGUCUUCGCCGUAUGUGGGCUUUUCAAAGUGUUUUUUUGUUAAGUAUAGUCAUGCUUUUUUCGAUCAAUCUGUCUAUUCAGCAAAUAAAUGGAAGUUCUAUCUAUCAAUAUGUAUGGUCUUGGAUCAUAAAUAAUGAUUUUUCUUUAGAAUUCGGUUACUUGAUCGACCCGCUUACUUCUAUUAUGUCAAUAUUGAUUACUACUAUUGGAAUUAUGGUUCUUAUUUAUAGUGAUAAUUAUAUGUCUUAUGAUCAAGGAUAUUUGAGAUUUUUUGCUUAUAUGAGUUUUUUCAGUACUUCUAUGUUAGGAUUAGUUACUAGUUCGAAUUUGAUACAAAUUUAUAUUUUUUGGGAAUUGGUAGGAAUGUGUUCAUAUCUAUUAAUAGGGUUUUGGUUCACACGGCCUGUUGCUGCAAAUGCUUGCCAAAAGGCAUUUGUAACUAAUCGUGUUGGGGAUUUUGGUUUAUUAUUAGGAAUUUUAGGCUUUUAUUGGAUAACAGGGAGUUUCGAAUUUAGAGAUUUGUUCAAAAUAUUAAAUAACUUGAUUUCUAAUAAUGAAGUCAAUUUUUUAUUUGUUACUUUCUGUGCUGUUCUAUUAUUUGCCGGUGCAGUUGCUAAAUCUGCACAAUUUCCCCUUCAUGUAUGGUUACCGGAUGCCAUGGAGGGUCCUACUCCUAUUUCGGCUCUUAUACAUGCUGCUACUAUGGUAGCUGCGGGCAUUUUUCUUGUAGCUCGGCUUAUUCCUCUUUUCAUAGUUAUCCCUCAUAUAAUGAAUUUCAUCUCUUUGGUAGGAGUAAUAACAAUAUUAUUCGGAGCAACUUUUGCCCUUGCUCAAAAAGACAUUAAGAGAGGUUUAGCCUAUUCCACAAUGUCUCAAUUGGGUUAUAUGAUGUUAGCUCUAGGUAUGGGGUCUUAUCGAAGUGCUUUAUUUCAUUUGAUUACUCAUGCUUAUUCCAAAGCAUUAUUAUUUUUAGGAUCUGGAUCCGUUAUUCAUUCAAUGGAAACUCUUGUUGGCUAUUCUCCAAAUAAAAGUCAGAAUAUGGUUUUUAUGGGGGGUUUAACAAAGCAUGUCCCAAUUACCAAAACCUCCUUUUUAUUAGGUACACUUUCUCUUUGUGGUAUUCCGCCGCUUGCUUGUUUUUGGUCCAAAGAUGAAAUUCUUAAUGAUACUUGGUUAUAUUCACCAAUUUUUGCAAUAAUAGCUUGGUUUACAGCGGGAUUAACCGCAUUUUAUAUGUUUCGAAUCUAUUUACUUACUUUUGAAGGACAUUUAAACGUUCAUUUUCAAAAUUAUAGUGGCAAAAAGAAUACUCCCUUCUAUUCAAUAUCUUUAUGGGGUAAAGAAGAUUCAAAAAGAAUUAACAAAAAUUUUAGUUUAUUAACAAUGAAAAAUCCUGAGAUUUUUUCUUUUUUUUCAAAAAAAACGUAUCAAAUUGAUCAGAAUGCAAGAAACAUCACACAACCCUUUAUUACUAUUACCCGUUUUGGAAAUAAGAAGUUUUUUUUGUAUCCUUAUGAAUCGGAUAAUACUAUGUUAUUUCCUAUACUUGUAUUGGUUCUAUUUACGUUGUUCGUUGGAUCCCUAGGAAUUCCUUUCAAUCACGAAGGAGUGCGUUUGGAUAUAUUAUCAAAAUGGUUAACCCCGUCUAUAAACCUUUUACAUAAAAAUUUGAAUAAUUCUAUAGGUUGGUAUGAAUUUUUGAAAGAUGCUCUUUUUUCAGUUAGUAUAGCUAUUUUUGGAAUAUUUAUAGCCUUCUUUUUAUAUAAACCUGUUUAUUCAUCUUUACAAAAUUGGGACUUAAUUAACUCUUUUGUUAAAACAGGUCCUAAAAGAAUUCUUUUGGACAAAAUAAUAAAUGGUAUAUAUGAUUGGUCAUAUAAUCGUGGUUAUAUAGAUGCUUUUUAUGCAAGAUUCUUUAUUGGGGGAAUAAGAGGAUUGGCCAAGUUAACUUCUUUUUUUGAUAGACGAGUAAUUGAUGGAAUUACUAAUGGAGUUGGUGUUUUGAGUUUCUUUUUAGGUGAAGGUAUCAAAUCUAUAGGUGGGGGGCGCAUCUCUUCUUAUCUUUUCUUGUAUUUCUUUUUUGUAGCAAUCCUUUUAUUAAUUAUUAAUUUUUAUUAA